GCCGCGCAGGGAGCGGGGGAACCGGCUGUCCACCUCCACCACCGCCAUGGCGCCGGGCCAAGCCGCGCCGCGCCGGGCUAGGCUGGGCACUUCCGCGCUCGCCCCGCGGCCGGGGCCGGGGCUCCGCGGCGCCGGAAGCGAUCGCGCCGCGGGCGGAAGCGGGGCGGGCCCGCGCCGCCGGCCGUGGCGGUGGUGGCGGUGGUGGCGGGGAUGGGCCAUGUGGCGGCUGGGUGCGGCCUGGGCGCGGCCCGCGGCUCUGCGCGGGGUCCGGGGCCGGCGGGGCCCGGGGGAUGUCGCGGUGGGGGCCGCGUGCGCGGGCGGGGUGGCCGCGGGCCCCUCGUCGGGCGGCCUGGCGCUGCGCUCCCGGCCCGGCCGCGGCGGCGCCGGCGGCUAUAAACAUCUGAUAAAAGAAGAUGAUAGAAAGACAGUUAUAUGUAUAGAGGGCAACAUCGCAAGUGGAAAAACAACAUGCCUGGAUUAUUUUGCACAAACUACCAGCAUUGAGGUUUUGACAGAGCCGGUGACAAAGUGGAGGAAUGUUCGUGGUCAUAAUAUCCUGGGCUUAAUGUACCAAGAUGCAUCGAGAUGGGGAAUAACUUUACAGACUUACAUACAGCUUACAAUGUUGGAGCAGCAUACCAGACCAAUGAUUUCCCCCGUAAGAAUGAUGGAGCGAUCAAUUCACAGUGCAAAAUACAUUUUUGUAGAAAAUUUGUAUCAAAGUGGAAAAAUGCCAGAGGUGGAUUAUGUUGUCCUAACUGAAUGGUUUGACUGGAUCCAGAACAACACUGAUGUUUCGGUUGAUUUGAUAGUUUAUCUGCAGACUUCUCCUGAAGUUUGUUACGAGAGGUUAAAGAGAAGAUGCAGAGAAGAGGAAAAGGUCAUUCCUCUGGAAUAUUUAGAAGCUAUUCAUCAGCUCUAUGAAGAGUGGCUCAUUAAACAUACAUUAUUCAAAGUUUCCUGCCCGGUGCUUGUUAUUGGAGCUGACCAUGACAUGCAGAAAAUGAUAGAAAAGUAUGAAGAAAACCGGGACCAAAUACUAAAUCCAUAUAAUAUGCAACACCAUUUAUAGAUGUCUGUAGUUGUUGUAUUUAAAAAAAACAUGUUUAUGAGUUCUGAGUAUGUGCAGCAUUUCUAAAUAUAAUGGGUUUUGCUUCUGAAAUAUGCUUUGUAGAAUGUUGUGAACUUCUGCUGUGAAAUGUUCAGAAACAUGUCAUAAACAGAAUAUAAGCCAGUUCCCUUUCAUGUUUUUACAUUCUCCAUCAGCUUUACUGUGUCAGUUUGGUUCAGCCAAAAUUCGGCUGUUUCCCCCAUUUCCCACUUCACUGCUGCUUCCUGUAAGUAACCUGUGUUGUUUCCUUCCCCCCUCAGGACAACUGCAUUUGUGUAAUUUGAAAGAAGUAGUUCUGUACAAGAGGUGGGAUGUCCUUUUUUAUUAUUAGAGGAAGCAAAUGAAGUGCACCAAGUUAAAGCAGUUUUGUUACAUGGGUCUUGCCAGGUUGAAAUAGGGUUCUUACUCUAAUCCUACCUACAGUUCUGCAAUUUCAUUGAAUUCAGUAAGUUUCUUCUGCUUUUCAUGAAAUAGUAAUAUAGCUAUGUAACAGUGCCGUAGCACAGACCCACUGAAUUCAGUGGCAAACACGCCCCCCGCCAAGUUUUCCUAAGUGAUUGCAGAAUGGCUCUGGGGCUUUUUUUUUUUUAAGCCACGUUUUUAAAAGGGCUUAUUUCUCUCCAGGGUUUAUGAAAUCACUGGCCCUAUCAUGGCGGAGCUGAGAACUAGUGAAAAUAGCGGGUGCACAGAACUGUAUUUGUUGUUCCUUUCAAGUGGUUAUAAAAAACCUAAAUUAAUUGAUUUCUUAACUGUUUUGGAUUCUUUGAUUGUACUUUUUUAAUAAAGAAAAAUAUAGACAGGUCUUUGGUUUUA